AAAAUGAAAAGAAAGAAAAAUGUAAUACAGAUCGGUGUCUUUUAAAACAACCAUUUUAAAUUAUCCAGACUUACAACCUUAAACAUGAACAAGUGUCACCUCCCGUAAGCAUCUUAGCGUAUGCACUACAUGUACCUUUGUCAACGCUUAGAUUAAUGCAGACGCUGAUACAGGCGCUAUAAGAUUUGUGUCACGUGGACUCCGGGUUUCACCUGAACAGCAAGAGAGACCGCCGUCAUGGCAGGUGAACGUGCCAGGAGAUGCUGGGCCGCCAAGAGGUUUUGGGUAGUUAUUUUGACACCCUUACUGUUACUCCCUCUGCCUAUUCUCACUGGUGAUGACAUCGGAAAGACGGGUUAUAUCGCCUUGCUGAUGGCGAUCUACUGGAUCACAGAAGCUGUACCCAUGGCAAUGACAGCGCUGAUCCCUGUCGCUCUGGUACCUUUACUGGGGAUAAUGACGGCCAAGGAUAUCAGCCAACAAUACUGGAAGGACAUUAGUAUGUUACAGCUAGCAGGAUUUAUAAUGGCCGUCGCCAUAGAGAGAUGUAACCUUCACAAACGGAUGGCAUUAAAAAUGUUACUUAUAGUCGGAACCGAACCAAAAAGGUUACUGUUUGGGCUUAUGUUGAUCACGUGGUUUCUGGCAAUGUGGAUGAGCACCACUGGCAGCACUGUCGCCAUGAUGCUCCCAAUCCUAGAGGCGAUCCUUCUCCGUCUGGAGGAGUUGGAAACAGAGAAUGAAGAGACCCCAGAUAAUAACUCGUCAGAGGGCGAGACUUAUCGCGAGAAUCCCGCCUAUAUAACCUCACCCGAUGACGACACGGGCGUGGUGAAAGCGGACGACGGCGAUCUUGCCCAUAAUAAAAUAAACGACGUGGAGAAGUCUCCCGGCGAAAAACCAAAGCGCCGGUCUACCAGUUCUAUAAGGGACAUGCAAAAAGGGUUCACUCUGUCUAUUGCGUAUGCUGCGAGUAUUGGGGGCACAGCCACACUGACGGGACAUUCUACGAAUCUUAUAUUCAAAGAUGUGGCAGAUCAAAUAUACAGUGACAGAAAAGCCCUAACCGACCCUGGUAUAACGUUUGCGUCAUGGCUGAUCUACGGUUUCCCCGUAUCACUUCUGGUCAUGCUGUGUACUUGCUUCGUCUUGCAGUUGUUCUUCUUGGGUUGGAGAGACACGUUUUGUCAGGGCCAGGCUUUCAGAGGAAAGGAAGAAGUGAACAAAGUACUGAGGAAGGAAUAUGAAAGACUGGGCUCCAUGACGUUUGCAGAGAAGGCGGUGUUGGUACAUUUCGUCUUGCUGUCGUUACUAUGGCUGACUAGAGACCCACGGUUUAUAGACGGGUGGUCUGUCGGCUUCAAAAAGGGUUACGUCUCGGAUGGUACCGCCGCCAUGGCUGUUAUAUUUUCCCUAUUCAUUAUUCCUUCCAAUCCGAAGAAGUACUUUGGUUUUUCACCAGACACUUCUACAUCUGAUGAUGACGAAGACAAAGAUGAAGACUCCCCGGAGACUCUCAUGGAUUGGAAUUAUGCACAGAGAAAGGUGGCGUGGAAUAUACUUAUAUUGAUAGGCGGUGGAGUGGCGCUUGCUGCUGCGUGCGAGGCUUCAGGACUGUCAGAUUGGGUUGGUGCUAAAUUGUUUACGUUGUCAGAUCUGGCUCCCUGGCAAUUGAUAAUGGUUUUAUGUGCGGUUUCCACGGUAAUGACAGAGUUUGUGACAAACACAGCCACGACCACGCUGUUUAUGCCAAUUGUUGGGGGCGUGGCCGUGCAGUUUGGAUAUAAUCCGGUUUACAUAAUGUGGCCGGUAGAAUUAUGCACAAACAUGACAUUUAUGUUACCAGUCGGGACCAGCGCUAAUGCUUUCGUCUUUGCUUAUGGGAGGAUUCGUAUAAUAGACAUGGUAAAAGUCGGUUUCGUCUUAAACAUCGUCUCUUUUGCAAUCGUUAACCUUGGAGCUAGCACUUGGGCUUACGCAGCUUUUAAAUGGAGCGAUUUCCCAUUUAAUUCUACCUCACUGGUACAAAGCUACGGACACUAUUCUACGGUGUUUGUCUAACCCUCACCUUUGCUUGAACGGAAAGAUAGGAUAGUAAAUGCUCCAUCGUGAUAGUAUCCUACAUAUAGUAUUUCAAUUGUCGGACGU